UCCAUGCAAACGGAACUUGGAGGCCCAUGUUGCUGAUUUUGGCCUUGCCAAGUUCUUGUACGACCCUGGCGCCUCUCAGUCCAUGUCCUCCAUUGCUGGCUCCUACGGCUACAUUGCUCCAGGGGAGGGGCAACAAGAGUAGUGGAGACAAUUUUCUUGCUGCUCCAAACAUUGAUCAUUCACAGGACUUUGUGAGAAAGGAUCUUAAAGAAUGGUUAUGCUGGAUGAGGAACAAUUUUGUGGAGAGAUUGAGUCACAUUUAUGGAAUGAUUUCAAGCCAAAACUUCAUAGGAGGUGAUCAUUGUAUGACGUUAAAGGAAACAGACAUAGAGUAAGUGUAAAUCUGAUUGGAGAACAACUUUUUAUGACACGAAAUUGAUUUGAACUGAGGAUGUUUUAUAAUUUCAUUAACGACCAAUCUAUCAUGUUUCGUUA